CCAACGAAGAGGAUCGGUGAGCUCUGCAGUUUGGACUUCCAUGGCGACUAGCUGUGGGCUCUUCACCGGUCUGAGACGGUGCUCCCCACACUUCGCGAACUCAGUCGGGUGGAGGAGGCAGCUGUCGUCGCUCUGCUCUUCGUCUUCCCCAGUUGAAAGGCGCAAGGACGACGAGCUCAAGAGCAAGAUUUUUGGGCUAAAAAAUCCGGGUCGGAGCGCAACCACUGUGAUUCAGAAAUGGGUCGACCGCGGCAACAAGGUCUCUGUUCUGGAACUCCGUCGCAUUUCCAUUCAACUCUUGAAAUCUAAGCGCUUCGACCAUGCCCUCCAGAUACUAGCAUGGAUGGAGGCUCAAAGCGAUUUUCGACUGUCGCCGGGUGAUCAUGCCAUGAGGUUGGAAUCAAUCAUAAAAGUGAAGGGUAUGUUGAAAGCUGAAGAGUAUUUUGAGAAUUUAGCUGCCACUGCUUCAAAAAAAGCUGCUUGUCUUCCUCUUCUUCAUGGCUAUGUUGUGGAAAAGGACACAGAGAAAGCAGAGGCUCUGAUGCUGAAGCUUGGUGGGUUGGGGCUGAUUGUGAGCCCUCAUCCCUAUAAUGAGAUGAUGAAGUUGUAUAUGGGCACAUGUCAAUUUAGGAAAGUGCCCCUUGUUGUAGUUCAAAUGAAGAAAAACAAGAUACCAUUAACUGUUUUGUCCUACAACCUCUGGAUGAAUGCAUGUGCCAAGCUAUCCGGGGUUGCUUCAGUAGAGAUGGUUUACAAAGAAAUGGUGAAUGAUGAGAAUGUUCAGGUUGGAUGGAGCACUUUGUCUACUUUAGCCAAUGUCUAUAUGAAAGCAGGCCUUGUUGACAAAGCCAGUUUGGCCCUAAGAAGGGCUGAAGAGAAGCUGUCUGACUAUAACCGCCUUGGUUAUUUUUUUCUCAUUACGCAAUAUACUUCUUUAAAGAUGAAAGAGGACGUCCUGCGUUUAUGGGAAGCUAGUAAGGCGGUACCUGGGAGAAUUCCAUGUACUAAUUACAUGCAUAUACUGUUGUGUUUGGUGAAGCUAGGUGAUAUUGUGGAAGCAGAGAGGAUUUUUAUGGAGUGGGAGUCCACCUGCUUUAGGUACGAUGUUCGAAUCUCCAAUGUCCUUCUAGGUGCAUACAUGCGGAAUGGAAUGGUAGAGAAAGCUGAGUCGUUGCAUCUGCACUCAUUGCAGAGAGGCGGUUACCCGAAUUAUAAGACAUGGGAGAUCCUUAUGGAAGGAUGGCUGAAAAGCCAAUACAUUGAUAAAGCCAUUGAAGCGAUGCAAAGAGGGUUCAGUAUGUUGCAAGAUUGUCAUUGGAGGCCAUCGCAUGAUACUAUAAUGGCCUUUUCUGGUUAUUUCGAAAGGCAUGGGAAUAUUGAGGACGCAAAUUGGUAUGUCAGAGUUAUCCAUGAUUUGGGUUGUGCAAGUUUGCCAUUAUACAAAUCAGUGCUUAGACUGCACCUUUCUGCUCAGAGAUCAGCCUCUGACAUCCUUAAGAUGAUGGAGAAGGACAUGAUUGAGAUGGAUGAUGAGACUUCUGCCCUUGUUCAAGCCUUCGAGGUGUGACUUUAUAAUCUGUGCUGUACAGUAAGUUCUAGUCGCUUCCUGUGAAGGCUCAUGGGGAACAAUUUAUGCUUCUCUGACUGUUUGUUCGUGAAUCAAAGACAAUGGUGAAAUGGUUCAUAAAAAUAUAGAGAGUAUAACAUUUGAACAUCGAAAGCAUAAUAGCUCAAGUGCCACAUAUAGAGGUCCCUUGAUUCAGGGAAGUUGCUUCUUUGUUAGUUAAGGUGGAGAAAAAGAUAGAUCAGAUGGUCUCUCUGGUUUCCUUAUUUGAACAGAAACAAAGAGAUGGAGCCCUUGUUGUAGAUUGUUAGGGAAGAUGGCUUCUUGGAUCCUUUUCCUUCAGUCAAACAAUUAAAAUAUUUGGUCAUGAUUCUUAAGGUAUUAAUGUUCUCGGCAAUUAUCUCAUUUAUAAAAAAAGAAUUGUUCUCGGCAA